ACAAGAAAUACCAUAUCUACUCUUUUCAAUUGAAGAUGGGUAACUUUAUAUUAAUAAAGGUAUUGACAGUUGUAUUCAUCGUAUCGCUGGUAGAGGAAUUCACAUUUCUUGAAGGCACUUUAAUGAAUAAAAAUUGGCUUAUUACACAAAAGACAACGCCUUCAUUUCAUUUAACAAAAUCAACAACUGAAGGAAAUGGUGAACAUUUUUUGACUCCACCUGCUCCUGAUCAAGAGUAUGUCAGAGAGGAUUCGGUUACUUUCUUUCCUGAACCAUUCUUUCCUAGUUCAGUCCAAGAUGAUUCGCACGUAGAAAAUGUUUUUUCAAUUGACGUUGAAGCACCGAUUAGAACCAUGCUGUCCUUCUGUCAAACUACACAAACCUGCCAACAUGAUAACAUAAAACAUAGUUUUGAAAGAGGUGGUGAAUGCUGUCUACCUUGCGAUUGUUCUGAACGUUGCUACGCUGCCGGUAAUUGUUGCCUAGAUAUGACUAACGGAUCUCGGUAUCUCCACAAUCAAGAUUCACCUUUAUCUACUACAGAAGAAACAUGUGCCAACAUAGUUGUUUCUGGCGCCGGUUACAAUAGUAAGACUUAUAUAAACUCAAGUUAUAUGCUCAUUCAGAACUGCAAUGAUGAUGUAGAGUAUCAAUUGAGGGAGAAAUGUUUGCGCCCAAACGUGUUUGACCUUGAAGAAAUGAUACCUGUUUUUAGUCAAAGAACAAAUCGGCAUUACAGAAAUGUGUUUUGCUCAAAGUGCAACAAUGAUUCGAAAAAUCUUGAAUGGUGGCAAACGCAAAUGAUCUGUAAUGUAACAAUAACUUCAUCAUAUGGGUUCCCGAAACUGUUUGGGGUUGAAAACUUUUCAAUUUUAGAUUUCAUUUCAACUAAUCCUAACUGUGCACUGAUUUGGACCCCACCAACAAACGUAGGGAAAGCAGAUCGUUGCUUUCUUGAGGAAAAUACUGUGUCAGACUGCAACAAUCCAAUCCUUGACAACCUAUGUAAACACUACUAUGCACCAGUUAAAAGUGGUAACGUCAUUUAUAGAAAUGUGUUUUGCAUGGAGUGCGUGAUCCCUUCCGGUUUAACAGGUGUUUACCCGGAAUGCUCAAAUCUGAUAUUUGGCUUUUCGGAGGUCCCGUUGAUAUCCAUGUUGUCGCUGAAUGUUGAUCAGCAGGUACCUUCAAAGACUAGCAUUUCAGAAGUGAAUGGUUGUGAUUUUCCAAAAAAGUACAAUAAUGAGCUAGAAGCAUGUUUUCAUUACACAUGCGCAGUCACAAAGUUAAAUGUAGCCGAAGUUUGCAAACCAGUAUUUUCACAUUUAUCGGGGACACAUUUUGAGUACAGGCUAAGGAUAAUCUACAGGACAAAUAUAAUGGAUAUGGGGUUGUUACCAGUGGACAUAUUUGACAGCGAUAUUAUGGCUGUCAUGAAUUUAGGUAGAAAUAAACUUUGUUUUGCUGAAGUCUUAGACUUGAAACAAUCACCUGAAUCUUUUGAGAUAAGUAUUGUUUAUAUAAGGGCUGUUUCAAAUGAAAAUAUCGAGCACGCUUAUAAUGAAUAUGUAAAAAGCGUUGAAUCUUACAAUGAAAUGGUAAUGGACAACAAAACUACAUAUCUUCUACAGAUUGAUAAAUCCGGCUUUGAACCAAUUGUCGAACAUGCCGUGACAUUUGAAAAAUUCAAUUCCAGUUCCACACACAUGUGCUUCAACAAUAUUGCAAUGUCCAAACUUCAGUUCUGUGACACAAUUACUUUUUAUAAGGAUGAAUUCAUUAUCCAUGGCAACGAGAGUGUCAGUAUUGGUUAUUUAAUGUUUGGUCCGGGUGAAUUUGUUCCGAGACAGACGCAGAAUGGUACUAUCACAUCUGUACAAGUAUGUUUGGAUGACUUUUAUACUGCUUACAGAAUGAUCGACAGGAACUAUGACGUAAACUCUGCAGCAGAAAAUAGCGGGAGAUCUAGGAGCAGAAGUUUGCUUUUAGUAUGUGCUUUGAUUUUGAUUUUACUCCGCCAAUAUUUUUCAGAUUAGCUAGUUCAUUAUUCAAGAUCUGUUUUCGUUUUUGGUUAACUUAUUGACAAAGUAUCCAAGCUUAUAUUAAAUGUGUGUGAAACAACUUAACUUUACUUUUAUGAUCUGUGUGAAAGGGAUUAGUAGCUUUAUAUAGGUGGAAACCAAUUAAAAACCAAUAACAUAAUUCUUUCAAUAAUUUAGUCAGUGGAAACCUCUCAGAAAAGGGUUAUAUAAGUGAACGUUUUUUGUAAAUAUGCUUCACAAGAAACGAAAGAAAUCCACUUAGUAUUUUAUGUGAAUGUGUCUAUGUUGUUAUAUUGAUGUUAUAUAUAUAU